AUGAACUCCCUCUUCAACUCCGCCCUGCGGCAGUCUACCUCCAUACGCAAGGAUCUCGAUGCUUUCGCCGAGAGCACCACCCUCUCGCCCGCCCUGCUCGGGCAGAUCAACGCCUCCCUUACUUCCUUCAGCCGUACCAUCGAUGACUACAACCGCCUGGCCAAGCAGGAAAUAGUCGCUACGAAGCAAGAAAAGGCAUACGAGCGCAUCAAGAAUUUCCGCGGCGAGCUGACCGACUAUCGCGACCAAUUCAACCGGCUAAAAUCCGAAAACGAUGAACGACAACAAGUACAAAGCCGCGCCGAGCUCCUCGGCCGCCGACCGCACCACGCCGCCACCCCCGAGAACCCCUACGCCUCGGCCUCGACCUCCGCAAACUCGCCGUGGGCCCCGCGCCCGGGCACCGGCAACGGCGGGCCGUCGGCGCUGGGCGCGGCGCCGUCGGACUACACGCGCGAGGCGCACGCGUUCCGCGAGCAGUCGUUCAUGUCGCAGACGAACGCGCAGCUGGACGAGUUCCUGGAGCGCGGCCGCGCCGUGCUCGGCGACCUGGGCGACCAGCGCGAGAUGCUCAAGGGCACCCAGCGCAAGCUGUACAGCGUCGCCAACACGCUGGGCAUCAGCGGCGACACCAUCCGCAUGGUCGAGCGCCGCGCCAAGCAGGACAAGUGGAUCUUCUGGGCCGGCGUCGUCGUCUUCUUCGCGUUUUGCUAUCUCGUCCUGAGGUUUUUGAAGUGA